AUGAUUGUGUUUUGCACUGGUUUCGGCAUCGUCAUCUCUAAGCUCGGCGAUCGAGCACGAAUCAUUGUUGAUUUUUUCGUGAUUCUCGAUGCUGUCAUCAUGCGUUGGGUUGAGGCUCUAAUGUGGUUCGCUCCUCUCGGUAUAGUUUGUUUGAUAACGGCCAGUUUGCUGGAACUGGAGGAUCUCAGUGAUACGGCCCAAGUGCUCUUCAUGUAUGUGAUAACGGUGAUCGCUGGUCUUUUACUGCAUACGAUUGUUGUGAUGCCCGCACUGUACUUCUUCAUCACGCGAAAGAAUCCGUUGACAAUUGCUCAACGCAUGUUGCACGCACUCGUCACUGCGUUCGGCACAGGAUCAAGUGGUGCCGCAUUNCCCGUUUCGAUGCAAUGUCUUGAGGAAAAGUUGAAAGUGGACAGACGAGUAACACGUUUUGUGUUGCCUCUCGGAACAACAAUCAAUAUGGACGGUAACGCUCUCUAUGAAGCAGUUGCAGUUAUUUUCAUCGCUCAGCUCAACAAUGUGUCGCUUUCCAUAGCUGAAGUGAUAACUGUAAGCUUAACGGCUACAAUAGCGUCGAUUGGUAUGGGUUCAGUGCCAGCCGGUUUAGUCAGUAUUCUGCUCAUCCUCAAUACCAUCGGUCUUCCAACCAAAGACGUUCCUCUGCUAAUUACUGUCGAUUGGCUCAUCGAUCGAAUCCGAACAUCAGUUAAUGUGCUUGGCGAUGGCUACGUGGCUGCGGCCGUAGCGCAUAUACUCAAGGAUCGUCUCGAUAAAUCGAAUCAUACAAACGAAUUUCGAGCCGCAGUCAAGGAAGAAAUUGAACUGCUGAAGUCUGCUACGACAAGUCGUUGCUCAUCGAUGAACUGGAAUGAUGUGGCUUCGCAGUCAGUAUCGCCGAAUCCUUCGCGUCUUAACUCAAUGACGGUCUUCGGCGGCGGUAGGUUGUCAUGGCGAAAAGCUUCAAAUGCAGCCUUCUUUAAACCGAAAGUUUCGUUGAGUAGAGUACUGAAUGUGUGA